AUGAAAUAUCUCAUCUUUAAUCACAUUACGAACCUAUGUAAAUUGGUGGGGUAUCGCAACCUACAAUUCGUUUCCUCGUGUAAAACUUGUUCAAUCAAGUGGUAUUACUUAUAUUCUUUACAGGGCUUCUUUGAGAACCUGGACCAGUUUGUCACAUCAUGGUACCUGGACCCCAUACUGUGGUUUGCACUCAUUGGUGUCAUCAUCUUCGUCAUGGCCACGUUAGGCUGCAUUGGUGCACUACGAGAAAAUACGUGCCUUCUGAAAACAUACAUCACAGUUCUUUGUCUGAUGUUGAUUCUAGAAAUCGGAGGAGGAGUUGCUCUCUAUAUAUUCAGAGGUCAAAUUGAGGAGUUUGUGGCAAACAGGAUUGAUGAUGUUGCUAUUACAAACUACAGGGACAAUGCUGACUUUCAAGAUAUUAUUGAUGGCUUCCAAACCGGGUUGAAAUGUUGUGGAGUGAACGGCUAUGAUGACUGGAACAUGAAUGUCUACUUCAACUGUACUACAUUAGUCGGUCGUUACAAUCCAGAGGCAUGUGCGGUACCCUUCUCUUGCUGCGUGCCAGACCCUGCAGAUACUACCGAUGUAAUCAAUACACAGUGUGGAUAUGGUGUGAGAGCUGAAGACCAGCGUAGAAGUCUUUCAGACCAGAUCUAUGAGCAGGGAUGCAUCUCCGCCGUGAAGGCGUGGCUUUCCACCAAUGUUGUAGUGGUAGCUGUGAGUGCUGGUGCCAUACUACUUGUACAGAUUUUGGGAUUCGGGUUCGCAACUUCCCUCAACAGUGACAUCAGACGUCAAAUUGCGAGUAGUGCUUCAUCCGCACGGCCACCGUGACGGCGUCCGCCAGUUCCGGACAUUUCUAUUAUAAAUGUAGACAGUCACACACGUGUCACACCGUUUUCACUACAACAGUGAAAUGGCCUAUACGUAAUGGAAUACUGGAGAUAAAUUCUGGCUUAGACCGGAACUUAUUUGAUACAUGGGAAAUGGUUGUAUAUUCUUGAUUUAAGCUUUUGCAAUUACUUACACAACUGUACUUGCUCUUCAUAAACUCAGAGGCUAAUUGUAUAGUAUUAUAAAUGUCAUGGUACAAAGUGUACAAUUUUUUUAAUGUAAAAUUACCUUCAAUAGUUGAAGAAUCUAUUCGUUUGAAGUUGUCUGAAGGACAAAAUCAUUCGUGUCAGGUGAAACUAAUUGGAGAUCUCCACCUUACCUACGUAAUUAUAUGAGAUAAAAAUGUAAUUUUUACUAUUUUACCUUGGUUUUUGAAGAAUCUGCUUUGCCUCUGACUCGUUUAAUAGAUAUCACAAACAAUUUAAAAACUCUGUAUGAUAGUACAUGUAUGAAGGAAUUGAAAUAUGCUUAUCAUUAAUGUAAUGUUUCUUAAUCCAUGCCUACAAACUUUAAGAAAAUACUAAAUAGAAUUAAUCGUAAUUUAACCCUAAUAUAGUCGGGAUUUCAAUUUUGGGUGCUUGUUUUUGUUAUGUAUGUUUGAAAAAAAGUUCUUUGUCACUGGUUGAGUUUGAUUUCAUCUCUUAUUACAGGUAAUAUUGUGUUUUUCCUAAUAGAUUUUGUAGCUAGAGUACAUGUGACAUGUUAGUCUUUCUGAAAUAUGGAUCAAAUGUGGAACAUGCACUGGUUUCUGGGAUACAGCUAAAUUUUUGGCUGAUGUCAUGCUGGCACCUUUUUUUCCUUUCUCUCUUUGAAAGCUUUGCUACAACAGCAACAAGAGGCUUGCAUGUACAUUGUAUAACUCGGUUAUUGUACUGACCCAAUACUGACUCAUAACCGGGCCAUUUGCGAAAUACCCUGGUCACACCAACAAGACUGUCCACAGACUUUAAGCCUCGGUCACAAAUGUCAUUACGAACUGCUACGAACGCCGUACGAACGAUUUUCAGACAAUGGAAAUUCGGGAAGGCAAUGGAAAAACAGGGAGAUUCGUACGAGAUUAUCGUUCGUACGAACCUUUGUGACCGUAGCAUAAGUAACAGAAUAAUCUGUUACAACGAAUUGCAAAGAAUCAGUGGAUUUGGUUGAGCAAUGUGACAUCAGUUAUUUUGUUAUGUUCUGUCUGGGUCUUUGUGUAUAAUAUCUUAUGGAAUGGAAUAUAAUAUAAUUAGCUUUUGAUUUUAUG